CAGUCGUUGAAGAGUCACAUCUGAAGGACUCUUCAGUGUUGUUCAUCGCCAGUAUCAUUAAAAUAAAGUCAGCCCUUUGCAAUCCGAUCCAGUUUACACAGUUAACAGGACACCGUUUGAGCAACACAAAGUGUGAACAAAAAUGGCCAGCCUUACAAAACUCUCGAUCAUCAGGCUCUUCGAGUUGGUCAUAGUCUGCGUCCUCCUUGGACUGCAAUAUCACUCCGGUGCGGCGUCCUCGAUUUAUGCAGGAAUGCUCACCAUGGGGACCAUUGGUGGAUUCUUGAUUAUACUGGUCGGACUUUUUGCCGCAACAAUGAUGGGGACUCCGGUCAAUCGUCGUGUGGACCUCUUCUUCAGUGUCGUCGGCUGCGUUCUGUUCAUAAUCGUCGGUGCAGUGACCAUCGAUUACUACCAACACGCUUCCAAUUACCAAAAUGUCAGGGACAUUGGAUUAUCCAAGGGUUCCUUAGCGGUGAUAGAGGGUAUCUUCUUCCUAGCCGAUGCUGUGUUCACCUUCCGAGGUGAAGCUUGAAGUCUACACGGCUAAAGAAGCUCGCUUCAAAAGGGACUGCUUCUCGUAUAUAUAUAUAUAUAAUAUAAUAUAUAUAUACACAGUAAUUAUUAUAAUACCACUAAGAGUGAAUAUAUAAGUGUCCGGUGAGUUUUUCAAUUACCGUAACGAUUUUUGAGAAUGAAAGUAUGUCUGAUACAGAAAAUUUGACUGCGGUCGUGAUAAAAUAAAGCAAAAAAAAAAAAAUUAUUCACGUUAUUAGAUGGACGAAUACAAAAUCAAUAUGGCCGCCAGUGUACUACCUCGAUUGCGACUUUAUUCUUUCCGUACAAUCGUUUUUGGCUUCUGAAAAUUAGCCAGUUUUAUGUCAGAUUAAAAAAAAAGAUGGCAACAACGGUUUGAUUGUCAUUUUAAUGCUAAAUCAUUUUUUUCACACUGAGUAUUCAGCUAACGAAAUUCACUCGUAUAGCUUAUGGUUCACUCUUGAUUAUUAUCAGACUAUAUAUUAGAGGUAUAAUAUAAUAUGACGUACCAUCAAUGUGUUACUAUCGAAAACGUGUUAUUCUUGUCAAACGAUUGACCAUGUCGUUUAGUGUUUCAGAUAAUUUGGUUAUUCGUUUUUACCGUAAUGAGAUUUUCAAUGUGCUUUUUCCAACUCUUCAUAUUCUGGUCGCGCCUAGAUUCCGAUAAUCGUGUUUACGAAUCAAUCAAUAGACUUAGCCCAGGUCGUAUAUUUAAUAUAAAUGUAUUGCGUACUCGUGUAGAGAGGUGAAAAUUUUAAUACUUGAAUAUCAUUCCACGAGGAAACAAAAAUUACCACUGAAUCAGGUGAUUAUAUUAACAUACGUAACCAGUGAAAUGGAAAACGUUUAAUUUUUUGUUAUACUGUCUUUCGAAAUUUCCACCUGGGCAUGCAGUAUAGUAACAGUCGUUCGAUGAUCAUAAAUUUCAAUUUUUAGUAUAAACCGCAAUAUUUUCGCACUUAGAUAAAGUAGCAGUCCCAGUUAAACAAAGAUCUAUUUCAUAAUAUACACACAGAAAUUUAUAUUUAUUGUUAACGUUAAUUAUUUAGAUUAUUAUAUAAAUAUACUUGUUUACAAGUAAUUUAUAGUAAUACCAUAAAGAUAAGUUGCGUAUAAUUGAUAUUUGCCCAUCGUAUUAUCACAUCGCAUAUAAUUGUGAGAUGAGAGGAA